UCUUUACAGACAACACUAUAUGCGUUCUUCACAGAACAAUACGUCCAAAGAACAACAAAAUCUAAAAGUACAAAAUGGCCAAUAUAUGUUGAAUUCAAAGAAUCCAGCAAAAUGACAUUCCAUUUGGGAUUAUCUACAUCAGAGAAAACUGACCACGUGACUAUAAAAUCUACAUCAGAGAAAAUGAACCGCGUGAGUGGAGGGAGGAUUUUCCACGUGACUGGGAAAUCAUCUUCGGAGAAAACUUACCAAUGGACCAGGAGAUCUACAUCAACAACAGAAUCAUCAACAAUUACAAACGAGAAUGAUCAUUCAAUGUUGGCUUUUUUUACUUUUAAUUGUUUUUAUAGCAAUAUUUUUUAUCGGGGGAGUUUUGUUUUACUUGCGACCAUCACUUAGAUACAGGUGUAAACUAUAUAAGCCUUGUCAUUGGACAGAUGAAUAUUUUGGUAAAUCAACAUUUCAUUCUCAUUUGACUAUAAAUAUUGAAAAAGAUCAUACAAUUGAUACCAUCAAACAGAACAACGAAAGUACAAAGGACAAACACACUUCAGCGAAUCAUUCAGAAAAAUUGGAAGGCAAUGAUGAAAUUCGUCAUGAUCAACAUAGCGGCAGUAGUACUGGAUCUAGCCCAGCUUUGUUAAUAAGAAAAAUAAAAGGUGCGUCGGAUGAUAGGUAUCUGCCAUCACAUAGCCUGUAUGAAAAAAUAUCUUUCCAUGGUGACACUCACAUUUCACAAUUCACGAAGGAGCAAAGCAUUGCGGAUCCUGAUAUGUUUUGGCUACAACAAGAAUUGUGUAAUAAUGAGAAGUGUGAUUUUCUGAAAUCCAGCAGUUCUUUAGAUUUUUCAGAAAUAGACGAAGUUCCAAAAUUUCAAAACCAUUUUCCUCUUUUGCAUAUACAAAAUAGUAACGGGGAAAGAACCAUGGAUUCUUCAAACAAUAAAAAAGCAACGAUACUUUAUUGAUUAAAGAGGAUUUUCUCUGUUGCGAAACCCUUGAAAAGACAGAUAGACCUUACAGUGUUGUAAAGACUAGAAUGUCAAAACAGGAAGAUAUGCUUGGAAAUCAUCAUUUCCCAGACGAAUUCAAACAAAAAUGUCGAACAGAAACAACAAAGCUCUGACUUAGAGAAGAUGGUGAACUGUAGAGAAUAAGGUUAAUGAUACGCUUUUGCACACUGUGGAUGCAUAUUUUUAGGGGGGUUAGUUAUAUGUCCUUAAAUAGACCAUAUUUGUAUCAUGAAUAAUGCUAGUGUUUUAAUAUUACAAAUAAUAUUUUAGUUUUAAUUUCAAGACAUAUUCUGAAUUAUAAAGAAAAAUGAUACUUUUCAAGUGAUACUAUAAUGUUGUAAUUCUGAUGGGAAAGUUGAGCGUUUGUUCGAACGACCCUUUAUGUAUGACAGCAAAUAACAAUUAUUCUUUUCAUAAAGUAUUCAGAUUUUUUUCUGAAAUAUUCUGAAGUAACAGGAACUCGAAUUUCUUUUUUCUUCAUUCAUUCUAAUGAUCAUGAAAAACUGUCACUUACAUAAUAUGAAGGAAAAAUCUAGAGACAGUAACAUCUGUUAUACUGUAGGUCAUCAUAUU